GGAAGCGGUUGUUAGCUGACAGGUGGAACCGAACGCCUUGACUUUUCAGUCGUUUUCAUGAGUUGUUUUAUUUCUAAUCAGUCUAAACGCCUUCUGGAGGAGACUGUUUUCCGUUUGAUCAUUAUACUCUUCUUUAGCGGUCAUGGGGGAGGUGGAACUGUCCUGUCGUGCUUACGUGAAGAUGUACCUGCACUCGUGUCUGUUUCCACGCUGCAGCAUUAAUGGGUUGCUGUUGUCCUCCAGCUCAACAGGCGGUGCCGUUUGCGUUACAGAUUGUAUACCUCUGCUGCACUCUCACCUGUCUCUGGCUCCCAUCACUCAGUUGGCCCUCACACAGGUGGAUGUCUGGUGUUCACAGACUCAGCAGACGAUUGUGGGAUACUACCAAGCCAAUGCCUGUGCAGGAGAUAGUAGCCCAACAACGUGCGCACUGAAGAUAGCCGAUAAGAUUGCUGAGCAAUUUGACAGUGCAGUGUUGUUAAUGCUUGACGGUAGCAAGAUGUCUCCAGACUAUCGGGUUCCUCCUAUUGUGAUAUACGAGCGUAAAGACUCAAGGUGGACGCUCAAAGACAAACACACGAUAAUGCUGAGACAGUGGGAGGAGACUCGAGAGAUAGCCAAUCAGAUGCUCGAGUCUGGCGAUCAGUUACUAUUAGUGGAUUUUGACAGCCACUUGGAUGAUAUCACAAAGGACUGGACCAAUCAGAAACUUAAUACCAAGAUAGCGGAGCUCGCCUCACCAGCAAAUGGAAGCAUCUAGACUGAAGAGUCGAACACAGAUCUUUGUUUUCCCUCUUUGACCCACAUCGUUAUCAUGUACACAACCGAUACAAUGUUUUAGGAAUACAUUUAUUUUUAAUGCAUUUUCUUGAAUAAACAGAAUAAAAGAACCAUAAAUAAGAAAAUA